AUUAUUAAUAAAUAUACAAACAUAUCCAUUUUUACAUUUUCGUGUCUAUCUUCUUUUUCCUUCAUUCUUUGUGUUGUUGUUGAUUAUGGAGCUUGAAACGGUGGCGUUUAAGCGCGUGGGAUCACGUACUUCCGUGUUAUUUGACGCGCCAAGGGAUCAUGAUGAUGAUCAAGGGAAGGUGUGUAGUACGACGUCGUCUUCAUCGAUCGGAAGAAAUAGUGAUGAUGAUGAUGAUGAUGAGGUUUCAUCGGAAAGAUCAAUGGAUGAGAAUGAAGCUGAGAGUAAAUAUAAUGGUGGUGCUUUAGAUUGUAUGGAAGCUUUAGAAGAGGUUCUUCCUAUUAGGAGAAGUAUCUCAAAUUUCUACAGUGGGAAGUCUAAGUCCUUCACAAGCCUAGCUGAUGUUGUGACAACACCAUCUGUAAAAGACAUUGUAAAACCAGAGAAUGCAUACACAAGAAGACGUAGAAAUUUGCUGGCUUUCAAUCAUGGUUGGGACAAGAACAAAAAUUUCCCUUUGAGAAGCAAUAGUGGUGGCAUUUCAAAGAGAACAAUGAGCUUAAGUAGAAGUGCUUUAGCUCUUGCAGUUGCAUUAAGCAAUUCUGAUAGCAGCUCUAGUUUUACAAGUGAUGAUUCAGCUACUUCAACCUCAUAUUCUUCAGCACCUUCAUCACCACUUCCGCCGCGUCAUCCGGGAAAUAGAGUGUCUUCUUUAGCAUCUCCUUUGCAGAGGAAUUUCUUUUCCUUGGCUGAUUUGCAUCAUUGUGCCAUUGCUGCAACAAUGAAAAUGCCAAGUUCCUCAAUUGAAAAUGAAACAACUCAUCAUCCAUCAUAGUGUAUAAAACCUUAUGAUAACUAAAAUACAACGUUUAUUAACUUUUUUAUAAUUCUCAUUUGGAUGAGUUUCUUGCUCUAGUUCUAUUUUGUUUGAGCGAGAAAGAGGUUAUAGAAUAAAAUCAUAGAUAAAUCUUUUUAGUAUAA